UAGACAAGGAGGCGGAGAGUCUCCCUGUGAUGUACAGUAUUUAUAGGGCAGCAGAUCUGACCAACAGCAGAAGGAGAAACACACAGAGAAAGGGAGGGAGAAUCACCCCAGAAGCACAACAAACAGUUCUACAACCAACAAUCAUCAUGGCAAGCGAGAGCUAUAAGAAAGAGUUCCUGGACGCCCACAAUGCGUACCGGGCCAAACACCAGGUUCCGAGCCUGGCGCUGAACCAGGACCUCUGCGCCUCAGCCCAGGCCUGGGCCGACCACCUGCUGUCCAUCAAAACCCUCCAGCACAGCGGCUGCAAGAACGGCGAGAACCUCUUCUACUCCUGGAGCUCCGCGACCCAAGCGCUGAACGGAAAGGACCCAGUCGACAAAUGGUACAAUGAGGUCAAAGACUACGAUUUCUCAGACCCAGGAUUUCAGUCAAAUACAGGACAUUUCACCCAGGUGGUGUGGAAGGAGACUAAGGAGGCUGGAGUGGGCGUGGCCACCGAUGGGAAGACAGUUUUUGUGGUGGGCCAGUACAGCCCUGCAGGCAACAUGACCAAUGAGGGCUACUUUGAGAACAACGUCCUGCCUGCAGCUUAACAGGCUGUGCAUUUUACAGUUGCCGGAAGCAAAGGGGAGAAGGAGCCCAGUGCUGGUGCCCCAGACCUCUCUACGUACACAAACCCUCUCUGCUCUCUGCUAUAACGCUGGCUGAAGCUUUUGAUCCUCACCUUACUGAUCAGCCUGUCAGAAUAAUUGUCACAUGCUUCUGUAGCUUUUACUAGUGUAUUACAGGCAUUUAGUUAUGCUUUCUUAUGAAUAAAUGCAUAUUCUUUCACCAUACACAGUCAUCCGCAUAUUACCUACUAUAAAAAAGUUAUGCUUCUCAAGACAACAAUAAAAAUGACUGCAGUUUUUCCUUAAA